GUGGCUAUCGAGGGCUCCACGACGAUUGGCGACAAACUCACCUACGCGAUGCUCUGCGUGGUUUUAGAGAGAGAAAGUGACACAACACAGUAGAGAGAGAGAGAGAGAGAGAGUGAGAGAGAGAGAUUCCUAAGAAACUCCGCUCGAACUGUGCUUUUUAAAUGCUCAUUUCGUUGUUAUAGGCUUGUAGCGAUCGCAGUACCUUAAGAAGGCAAAGGGCUCCUGGUCUUAUCUAGGGUUUUCCUCUUUCUUACUUUUGCUCUUCUCGUUUUGAUUCCCUCCAGAGUAUAGAACCGAGCGCGGAGAAGAGCUCGCAUCUUCCAAUGGCGUCCUCUUCUCUCCUAAGAUCCGCGGCUGCCACCACUUCUUUAAUCCAGCAAUCUCGUUCCUCUGGUUCAUCUGAUCGAUCCAAGGUGUCAUGCAUUGGUUUGAAUUGGAACCUGAAUUCUUCAAAGAUUCAGAAAAGCACUUUUAGUGUUGCUGCCCGUUGCAGUUCAUCGUCCUUGCAGAGUAUCCAUACUGUGAAGGCUACAGCUACGGAGAUGCCUCCAACCAUUCAUAAAUUGCAAAACAGUGGAAAGACAAAGGUUGGAAUCAAUGGUUUUGGUCGGAUUGGAAGGCUAGUUUUACGAAUAGCUGUCUCCAGGGAUGAUAUUGAUGUUGUAGCAGUCAACGAUCCUUUCAUUGAUGCCAAUUACAUGGCUUACAUGUUCAAGUUUGAUUCUACUCAUGGAGUUUUUAAAGGAACCAUCAGGGUCUUGGAUGAGUCCACCAUGGAAAUCAACGGAAAGCAGAUUAAAAUUUCAAGUGCUAGGGACCCAGCAAAGAUUCCUUGGGCUGAUUAUGGGGCUGAGUUUGUUGUUGAAUCUUCUGGGAUUUUCACCACUAUUGGGAAGGCUUCAGAACAUAUGAAGGGCGGUGCCAAGAAGGUGGUAAUAUCUGCUCCAUCUGCUGAUGCACCAAUGUUCGUGGUUGGAGUUAAUGAGAAGACUUACAAGCCAAACAUGGACGUUGUUUCUAAUGCAAGUUGUACAACCAAUUGUCUUGCUCCUCUAGCCAAGGUAGUACAUGAAGAGUUUGGUAUUGUUGAAGGUUUAAUGACAACUGUGCAUGCCACUACAGCAACACAAAAGACUGUGGAUGGCCCUUCAAUGAAGGAUUGGCGAGGUGGCCGUGGUGCUGGACAGAAUAUCAUCCCAAGUUCAACUGGUGCUGCUAAGGCUGUUGGAAAAGUUCUUCCUGAACUCAAUGGAAAGCUAACUGGAAUGGCCUUCCGUGUCCCAACACCUAAUGUUUCUGUCGUGGACUUAACUUGUCGACUUGCGAAGAGUGCUUCAUAUGAAGAUGUCAAAGCGGCCAUAAAGUUUGCUGCAGCGGGUCCAUUGAAUGGAAUUCUCGGAUACACAGAUGAGGCUGUCGUCUCCAAUGACUUUGUCGGUGAUUCAAGGUCAAGUAUAUUCGAUGCAAAGGCUGGAAUUGGUUUGAGUGCCUCAUUCAUAAAGCUUGUUUCAUGGUAUGACAAUGAGUGGGGAUACAGCAACCGAGUGCUGGACCUGAUAGAGCACAUGGCACUGGUGGCAUCCCACAACUGAAUUUUAUUAGAUGGUAGCUGCCACUGCAAUUUUUAGCACGAGAUGAGUGGAGCUGAAAUUAGUUGCCAAAUUGUAGUGAGUUUUGGUUGUUCAAAUGGCUUUUGUUGUCAUCAUGUUAGUUCAAAUAUACUGCAUGGUGGAUGUUGAAAUAAUUGAUGCUCAUGAUGUAUGAGCUCAUUCCAUUUAAUACAAAUCUGCUUGGAUUGUGCAA